AUGCCGGCCAGACUCCCACCUCGCAUAUCCAGAAGCCUCUCCUCGCCCAUUCGGCCUCCCGGGUCGUUCUGUUCACACAACACCAAAUAUUUUACAUCUAAUCGCGCACCCGAGCCUACCAGGCCUGCUUUGCUGUUGCGUCCUUCCUUUCAGUACCCACCCAGCCGAUUAUACUCCUCGAUAUCAUCCAUGGAUCCCAUCAAACCCCAGGCGAAUGGAGUGUUGACUCCCAAGCCAGUGCUUUUCUUUGACAUUGACAACUGCCUGUACCCCAGAAGCUCAAGGGUCCAAGACCACAUGGCACAGCUGAUUGACGAGUACUUCGCGAAGCAUCUUUCCCUCUCCUGGGAAGACGCGGUCAAGCUGCAUAAGGAGUAUUACACCAAUUACGGGCUCGCUAUCGAGGGCCUCGUACGGCACCACCAGAUUGACCCUCUGGAGUACAACUCCAAGGUCGACGACGCGCUGCCCCUCGAAGACAUUCUAAAGCCCAACCCCAAGCUGCGGCAACUUCUUGAGGAUGUCGACAAGAGCAAGUGCACCAUGUGGCUUCUGACCAACGCCUACGUUAACCACGCCAAGCGCGUGUUGAAGCUGCUGGGUAUCGAGGACCUGUUCGACGGCCUGACGUUCUGCGACUACGGACAGCAGCCACUGGUCUGCAAACCUGCCAAGGAGAUGUACCUGAGAGCCAUGCGGGAGGCGGGCGUCGAGAAGAUGGAGGAUUGCUACUUUGUUGACGAUUCAUAUCUGAACUGCCAGAAAGCCCAGGGCUAUGGCUGGAACGUGGCACACCUAGUAGAGGAGGAUCUGCCAGUGCCACAAACGCCAGCAUCCGCGCACCAGAUCCGACACCUGAGGGAACUCCGAGACGUCUUCCCUCAAUUCUUCAAGUCAAAAAACGUUUAG